GAGUAUUUUUUGACAUGCGCUAUUAUUUGCCCAAUUAAAAUUAUUUUUGAUAGAAAAAGUUUUUCCAUAUUCCUCCUCCUGUGCAAAGAAUUGAAACACAAAAAUCCAAUCAGCCAGACAUCAAAGCGCCGCGAAUAAACUUGCAACUGUAUAAAUAGUUGAUUGCGUCGUGGACGUGGUUCUUGCUUCAAGGAGAAAACUCUUGUUAUAUAACACACAAUUUUUUGAUUGCAUUACAAAUAAAAGACAAAAAUCAAAAUCAAAUUAAAUUCUCUGAUUCUUGAGAGCAAUUUCGCGAGUGGAAAAAUAAAAGUGAAAAUUAAUUUUUCAAUAAUAUUUUAAAUAGUUUUUUUCUUAUUGGUAAAUUCAAUAACAAAUUUACCUUUUCACAGAAAAAAUACAAAUAAAGAAAUAAGAACAAAAGCAGUCGACACACCCGACAAAAUAAAAUUGAAUUUGCAAGAAAAGAAAGCAAAAAAGUGCUAAAACGCAAUUUAUGAUUUUUUUUUUGUUGUUAUUGUAUUCCUUUGGCAAAAUCCUUGCUUAAUUCAAAAAUAUAAAAAAAUUCACACACGAAUUUAAAAUCAAUGUUCAGGAAAAGAUAAUAGGAAUUAAAGAAAAAAAAAAAAAUUGCAAACAUGUCCUACACUGAACUAGAAAGUGGCUAUCAGGAUUUACGGCAGGCAAAUCGUCCUGGAUUCUUUGUCGGACAUGAUGGAAAUACGAAAUCUAUACAAAAUAAACCAAUGAUUUCGUAAAACAAGAACGAUACAAAAAAUUAAAAAAAAAAAAAUAUUCAUUUAAACGAAAAUAAACAAAACACACCCAAAAACGAUUUAAAAAAAAAAGCACUAAAAUGGGCAAUAGCUUCGAUAAAUUUACAUCAUCAUCAGCUGCUGCACCAACAGAACCAUCGCCUAAUCGGCAUCAUAAUGAACGUCUUGGGUUUAAGCCGUUGCCUCAUGUGUAUUCAACUCCUAAUUUAUCCGAACCGAAUCCUCCACUACAAAUGGAUAUGAGAUCUUCAUCUUUCUCCUACGGGGGCGACAUUGACAUGUGCGGUGAGAGCAACGAUGGCAUGGAUUCUGAUUGCAGCAUAUCAUCAUGCUCUGGCAAACAAGUUGUUGUCGGUGUAUGUGCUAUGUCAAAGAAAACCCAAUCAAAGCCCAUGAAAGAAAUCUUAACGCGACUCCAAGAGUUUGAGUAUAUAAAGAUGGUUGUUUUUGAAGAAGAUGUGAUACUAAAGGAACCAGUUGAUCAAUGGCAAAUUGUCGAUUGUCUAAUAUCAUUCCACUCGAAAGGAUUCCCAUUGGAAAAAGCUAUCCAAUAUGCCCAGUUGCGAAGACCAUUCGUCAUAAAUAAUCUGCAUAUGCAGUAUGAUAUACAGGAUCGCCGAAGGGUGUAUGCGAUAUUGGAAAGCGAAGGAAUUGAAAUACCAAGAUAUGCUGUUUUAGAUAGAGAUUCACCAGAUCCUAAACAACACGAAUUGAUUGAGUCUGAGGAUCAUGUAGAAGUGAAUGGAGUGACAUUUAACAAACCAUUUGUGGAAAAGCCUGUUUCUGCAGAAGAUCACAAUAUUUACAUCUACUAUCCAACAUCAGCUGGAGGCGGUAGUCAAAGACUCUUCCGCAAAGUAAAAUCAUCAAUACACUUUCGAAAACAACAAACUAACAAAUUUUCUUUUGUUUUUCAGAUUGGAAGUCGAAGUAGUGUUUAUUCUCCAGAAUCUCGAGUAAGAAAAACUGGUUCGUUUAUAUAUGAGGACUUCAUGCCAACCGAUGGUACGGACGUUAAAGUCUAUACCGUUGGCCCAGAUUAUGCACAUGCCGAGGCUAGAAAGAGUCCAGCUCUAGAUGGUAAAGUUGAACGUGAUAGUGAGGGUAAAGAAAUUCGGUACCCGGUGAUUUUGAACAACGCAGAAAAAUUGAUAUCCCGUAAAGUGUGCUUAGCUUUUAAACAAACUGUUUGUGGAUUUGAUUUGUUGAGGGCCAACGGCAAGUCAUACGUAUGUGAUGUAAACGGUUUCAGUUUCGUUAAGAAUUCCAAUAAAUAUUAUGAUGAUUGUGCCAAAAUACUUGGAAAUAUGAUAUUACGCGAGCUGACACCAACUCUACACAUACCAUGGUCUGUACCAUUUCAAUUAGACGACCCACCAAUUGUGCCAACUACAUUUGGUAAAAUGAUGGAACUUAGAUGUGUUGUGGCUGUGAUAAGACAUGGAGAUCGUACUCCGAAACAAAAAAUGAAAGUUGAAGUUAGACAUCCAAAGUUCUUUGAAAUUUUUGAAAAAUACGACGGUUACAAACAUGGUCAUGUUAAACUGAAAAGACCCAAACAAUUACAAGAAAUUCUCGAUAUAGCCAGAUCUUUAUUGGCUGAGAUACAAACAAAAGCCGGUGAAUCGGAAAUUGAAGAAAAACAGGGUAAAUUGGAACAACUUAAAAGUGUUCUUGAAAUGUAUGGUCACUUUUCUGGUAUAAAUCGAAAAGUUCAAAUGAAAUAUCAACCAAAAGGUCGUCCACGAGGAUCCAGCUCCGAUGAGGGUAAUUCCUUAAAAUCUAGUGCUCCAAAAGAGCCAUCUUUAGUCCUAAUCCUCAAAUGGGGAGGAGAAUUAACGCCUGCUGGACGAAUUCAAGCAGAAGAACUUGGUAGAAUAUUCCGUUGCAUGUAUCCAGGCGGACAAGGUAGACACGAUUAUUCGGGAACUCAAGGACUUGGUCUAUUAAGGCUACACUCGACAUUUCGUCAUGAUUUAAAAAUCUAUGCUUCCGACGAAGGACGAGUACAAAUGACUGCAGCUGCCUUUGCCAAGGGUCUUCUUGCUCUUGAAGGUGAAUUAACACCAAUUUUGGUGCAGAUGGUUAAAAGUGCCAAUACAAAUGGACUUCUAGACAACGAUUGUGAUUCUAGCAAAUAUCAAAAUAUGGCCAAAAACCGUCUACACGAGCUGAUGCAAAUCGACCGUGACUUCACAAAAGAAGACCGUGAAGCAAUCAAUCCUGGAAAUAGCAUCAGCAUCAAUCAGGCAAUGGAUUUUGUAAAGAAUCCAGUCAAAUGCUGUGCACAUGUUCAUUCUUUAAUCCAAGAACUGAUGUCAAUAAUCAGUGUGAAGAAAGAUGAUCCAAAGACAAAAGAUGCAAUCUUGUAUCAUGGCGAGACGUGGGAUCUAAUGGGUCGUCGUUGGGAGAAAAUCGAAAAAGACUUCUCAACGAAGAGUAAACAAUUUGAUAUCUCGAAAAUUCCUGAUAUCUAUGAUUGCAUCAAAUAUGACCUUCAACAUAAUCAGCAUACCCUCCAGUAUGAUCAGGCAGAGGAAUUGUAUAUAUAUGCCAAGUAUUUGGCUGAUAUUGUCAUACCCCAGGAAUAUGGUUUGACGAUUCAAGAGAAAUUGACAAUUGGUCAAGGUAUUUGCACACCUUUGCUGAAGAAAAUCAAGGCUGAUUUACAGCGAAACAUCGAAGAAGUUGGCGAGGAGAGUGUAAAUCGUCUAAAUCCUCGUUAUAGUCAUGGAGUUUCCAGUCCUGGAAGGCAUGUACGGACACGACUUUACUUUACCAGUGAGAGUCAUGUACAUUCACUGCUAACCGUAUUGCGAUAUGGUGGACUUUUGAAUGUUCUCACUGAUGAACAAUGGCGUCGUGCCAUGGAUUACAUUUCCAUGGUUUCCGAACUGAAUUACAUGUCUCAAAUUGUGAUUAUGCUAUAUGAAGAUCCAACAAAGGAUCCUUGCUCGGAGGAAAGAUUUCAUGUUGAAUUGCAUUUCAGUCCUGGUGUUAAUUGUUGUGUACAGAAGAAUCUUCCUCCAGGGCCAGGUUUUCGGCCACAUAGUCGGAAUGAUUCAGCUCAUUCGAAAAAUAUUACUCCGACUGUUGGUAUUCGUAUUUCCCAGAGUCCCGAUGAUACCAAUCCAACCAGAAUCGAUGAGGAGAAUGAUUUGAAUUUGGAAGAAACCUCUCCGGUGCAUUCGAAACCACAUUCAGAAGAAAAUUCACCAGAAGAACAAAGUGAAUUAGCAGCAUUGCCAAAAACUGAAAUUCGCUCAAAACAUUUAAAAUCUAAGCCAAUACCAAUUGGUUCACAUCAUACGGUUAGUGGACAUGAAGCACAAGAUUUGGCUAAACGACUGAAUGAAGAACUUGCCUCACAACAAGCCAAACAAUCAGGUUCGUUAGAAGUUAAUAGGGCGAUUAGCCCAGAUGGUGAACCACGUUCGAGGUCAUUUGAACAACGCCAUCAUCAAAAGACAAAAGAAGAAAAAAACUCUCCAGAAAAAGUUGAAAUUUCAAAAUUUAAUGAAAUAAUUAACGUUCGUCAUAGUAACAAAACCCCAAUACAAAUACGAGUUUCCGAUUCCGUAGCAUUCUUUAAAAUCGAUUCAUCUACCAACGAAUUACCUUUAUCCGACAUAGAUUUCUCUCAGAACCCUUGCACUCCAGACACACUCAUGUCGCCACCGAAGCAUCCCUUGGCCAUUGACGAUGUUGAUGAGACGUCAGGUCUUCAUUUCCACCGCAAACGACAUUCACCUAAAAUAUCCCCACUGGCCACUAAUGAACGUCCCCUAUCCUAUACCUGCCUAACCUCACUUUCUUGCGCUGAUAACAUCAAUAAUCUUACUGAAAAUGGCAGCUUUCGUUCCAGAAGUAAUGUUGCUUCGAUGCAUUCAUUGGGAACUUUCCAUUGUGCUUUGUCAUCACCCCCUUCUGAUCCCGCUGAAUUUGUUCAGCUUUCUUGUUCUGCACCUGCAGCUAUCCUGACCCAUGACAUUGAGUGUCAGAUCGCUGAUGAAUUACUAACACCUGAUAUCCCAAUAGUGCAUGCAAAAAACUUUGAUUCGAUUUCGCCUUUAAAAAAGUUUGAAGCAGAUGCAGCGCCCUCUAACCCUUUAACAAAACCACCUCUAAGUGGUGGUGGUAGUAAAAAGCUAACUAGACAUUUGUCACAUGACGACUGCCCAUUGUUGAAUGGUAAAUCUGUUUUGGUGCCUCUGCUGCUAGAACCCGACCCCAAUUCAUCUGACUUAACCCCUGCAAUUGUUAGCUUGAGUGAUUUCAAUAAUCUCACCACGACGACGCCAGAACUGUCAUCAUGUGAUUGCAUUAAUACAGCUAACAAUACUAAUAUUUGUUGUUGUUUAUGUAAUCCGCCAUUAUCGUCAUCUGUGUCCAUGUGUAAUAUGUCAUAUAAUGUGUUUGCUUCAAAUUUAUUAACCAAAAACGAUAAUAAAAAUACUCACCAUGAAUCCAUUAAUGCCACCACCUCCACCAUUUCCAUACCCACCACACCCACUACUACAAAAACGAUCAAUAAAAAUGACAUUAUAACAAAAUUGACAAAUACACCAACUGCCAAAUUACUUACCAUGACAACAACAACAAAUUAUGACAAACUUACCACAAUUCACCACAACCACCACAAACAUCAACAACAAUUGUUAUUGGCUAAUAAUAAAACUAAACCACAUCAUACAAACAUAAAACUCACUACUACCACAGACAAUGCGACAUCGACUUCAAGCUCAUCGUCGGCAUCGUCUCGACGCCAAAGGCACAGUAUUGCCGGCCAGAUGACAUACAUGAAAAUGCUGGGAUUUGGAGGCUUUGGCAAAAAGAUGGCCACCAGCACAAACAGUUUAUUUAGCACAGCGGUAAUUAGCGGAAGUUCAUCGGCGCCUAAUUUGCGUGAUAUGAUACCGAGUACAGCGACGCCAUCAGCAGUUCUUGAAGGCUUUGGUGGUGUUCCACCGAUUCGUCCAUUGGAAACACUGCACAAUGCACUUUCUCUCAAGCAAUUGGAUGUCUUUUUGGAGAAGAUGACUGUUGCACCAUUAUUCAAGACCCCUGCAUCGUCACCACCGAAAAAUCCAUCUACACCAAUACCGACUCCAUCUCAAGCGACUUCAUCGUCUAUUCAUCUUCCAAUCGAUGCAGAAAAAUCAGUUACAACUCCAACAAAUCUAUGCAACGAGCCAUUGGGUGGAAAUGAUUUAACAACAACAACAACAGCAACAAAUAAAACAACAGGGUGUCCUUUAAAUGAUCCUUCACCUUGUGACAGUAGCAAAUGGAGUACACAAUCAAGUAUAGCUAGCAGCACGGAACCAUCAUCACCGGCUAUCUCUGAUAGUUGUUAUUCUCAUGGAACUCCUAGUGGAGAAAUGUCAAUGAGUUUGACUAGUACUGAUGGUUUGAAUGUCUUGCCAACAGCUGAAGAAUUGGCGAAAUUCUUUCCCCAACUCGAUGACGAUCUUAACUCAGUUUACGUUCAGCUGAAUAGCGACAAUCUGGAUCCAGACGUAUUUAAUCCCCCAACUGAGGGAGAGAAAAGUUGCUGUCUUACUCCUGUAAGCAUGUGCAUGGACCUUAGCACUGCGGCUACAAAAGGUUCAAUAACACUUUCCAUCGAAAAUGAAGACGAAGAUGAAGCUACACUCUCAGCAGCAACAACUCCAUCUCUUCCACCUGACGAAUUCAGUCCGCAUACAAUAGAGUCCGAAAUCUACCGCGAAACUGAACGUUUCGAAUUGAGACCUCCAGCUCGAAAGCCAACCGAUCCAAUUUCUCCGAAAAUUCAAAAACAAAUAAGUCUCUUCGAAAGAGAACCUUCUCCUUCAUCGCCUCGAUCUCCGCCACAGGUUAUUCGUCGCAAGAAAUUCGAUAAUGUUACAGCUCAGUUUUUGACUCAAUCGGCUUCGAAUUCGAAUUUCAAAAACUUCGAAAGUAAUACUUUGCAGAAAAAAUCAAAACCUGAUAUCGGCGGUGAUGGUGAUGAUGAUGAAGAAUCCAAGACAAGAUCUUGUUCGAAUUUAAAAACUGAGUCCAUAUCGAGUCUUUCGCAGGCGGCACAAAAAAAUCCUGGAGCGGUAAUAGUGAAGGAAAUAUUCAUAGAACCACCUCGAAGGAUAUCGAGAAGUUUCCAUGGAAAAACACAAAGUAUGGAUGCUGGAUUUUUGUUUUCAGAUUUUCUAAAUGUUCCAUCGACAAAGUUGACAAGGCAGGGAAGUGUUGGCAAUGAAGGUGCUAAUGCUAAUCAAAGUUUUAGUGCAAAUACUUCACCUUCGGCUAGGGCGAGAUUUACAACAUCAAAAGUUGAUGAUAAUAAGUAUCGUAAAGAUAAAUAUUGAUUAUAAGGUGUUUUUUUCCUUCCUUUUCCAUACAAAAAAAAAAAAACUGUUUCCGUCUGUGUGUUUAGUUACUAUAAAAAAUAGAGUUAAUAUUGAAAUAAAUUAUAUUGCACUAUGUGUUCUUAUGA